GCCGUCGUCUGACACGGUUUUCCGUCAAAGUUCCCUUCCUCUUUACUCUUCUAGAAAAUCAAUGGCCGAGAAUCCCAAAGAAGUUAAAAACUUUAGAGAUCUCGGGGUCUGCGAGCAACUCGUCGAUGCUUGCGAGAGCAGAGGCUGGGUCGUCCCUUCGAAGAUUCAGGCCGAAGCCAUCCCUCAUGCCCUCGAAGGGAGGGAUGUGAUUGGAUUGGCGGAGACUGGGUCGGGGAAAACUGGGGCUUUCGCGUUGCCGAUUAUUCAAGCUCUUCUCGAGAAACCCCAGCCCUUCUUUGCUUGUGUAUUGUCUCCUACGAGGGAGUUGGCCCUUCAAAUUUCUGAUGAGUUUACUGCAUUAGGGGCUGGGAUAGGUCUGAAAUCUGUGGCGCUUUUCGGUGGUGUGAGCAUGUCGGAUCAACAAAUUUCAAUCGCAAAACGUCCUCAUAUUUUGGUAGCAACUCCUGGGCGUCUUUUCGAUCAUCUAUCAAAUACAAAAGGCUUUAACCUUAACAUGCUAAAGUUUCUGGUUCUGGAUGAAGCGGAUAGAUUGCUUAGCAUGGAGUUUGAGAAAGUCAUUGAUGACAUCUUGAAGGUUCUACCUCGAGAUCGCCGGACAUUCCUUUUUUCAGCUACUAUGACUAAAAAGGUAGGAAAACUUCAAAGAGCCUGUCUGAAGAAUCCUGUUAAGGUUGAGGCUUCUGCAAAGUAUUCCACUGUUGACACCUGCGAGCAAAAGUUCCGAUUGGUACCUGCAAAGCAUAAGGAUUGCUACCUUGUAUACAUCCUGACUAAGAUGACUGGAUGUACAUCUAUGGUUUUCACUCGCACAUGUGAAACAACACGAAUACUUGCCCUGCAACUCAGGGAACUAGGUUUUAAAGCCAUUCCAAUCAGUGGUCAGAUGACUCAGCAAAAGCGGUUAGGAGCUUUGAACAUAUUCAAGGCUGGACAGGCUGACAUCCUUGUAUGCACGGAUGUGGCUAGCAGAGGUCUCGACAUUCCUUCAGUGGAUCUCGUUAUUAACUAUGAUAUUCCCAGCAACUCCAAGGAUUAUUUCCAUCGUAUUGGGAGAACAGCUCGUGCAGGCCGAUCUGGGAUUGCUGUUUCGUUAGUCAAUCAAUACGAUGCUGAAUGGUAUCUGCAAAUUGAGAAGCUUCUCAAUAAGAAGCUGCCAGAAUUCGAUUCUAAGGAGGAGGAAGUUCUUAUGCUUUCGGAGUCGGUGUCCGAGGCAAAAAGGCGAGCCAUUAUGGCCGCCAAGGAAAGUUCAGGAAACAAGAGGAGGAGAAAAGGAGGGGAUGACGAUGGUGACGAGGAUGGUGAAACAUAUGCAAAUUACCAAAAGAAAUCAAACUCGUUCAAGAAGAAAUCAAGGAGAUGAUCUUUUUGCUGGCAGUUUUAAUUGAAUGCCCAAAUUUUGUUUUGUAUUGUGAUCGGGUGUAAGGGAGAGUUAAUGUCUGAGUUUAUCAGAAUGUAUUCUUUUUGGUUCUUUGGAUACCAAGGAUUCAAAACAAUUCGUAUACCCCACCCACACCUUUCAUAAUUGCAUAUUUACCCGCACAUCUUCAUAA